GAGAACCAUUACAGCAGGAGUUUUAAUUCUAAAUAUUUACUUAGCAUGAUUCUCCACGUCGCUGAUUUAUUGCUCCAGAUUCCAUUUCCCGCGAUGGGUUGCAGCAGCUGGGAUCUUAGUAACCCUUAAAACUGUCUAUAAUUCGACUAAAAUUCCAUGCCAGAGUGCAAUUCCACACUGGUUGAAUCCCAAGUUGAAUCUAGAGUGUAUGAUUUGAGGAGUAUCGGGGAUACGAUCUGAGAGCUUGAAUCUGAGACUGUUGCUAGAAUUCAGAACUGAUGUAUGUGUGAUCAAACUGUCGUGCAAUUACAGUGAUGGGUCCAGAUCUUGAUGUUUGAGUUGAGCACACCGUCAAGAUCUUGAAUUGUCAUUGUGGAGCUUGGAGCAAGCAGUCACUUCAGAUCCAUCAUGGCGGAGAAAGCGAAUGCAAUGCAGGACCCUGAUGAAGCUGAGUUCAUGCUGCCGGUUGAUUCCGAGCACAAGGCCAGGACCGUUAAAGUGCUCAGCAUUGCUCGACCUCACAUGCGAGCAUUUCAUCUUGCUUGGAUCUCUUUCUUCAUUUGCUUUCUGUCUACGUUUGCUGCACCGCCACUCAUUCCCAUCAUCCGUGACAAUCUGAACAUGACCAAACCUGAAAUCGGACAAGCUGCCGUCGCUUCAGUCUCCGGAUCGAUUAUGUCGCGACUGAUGAUGGGAACCAUAUGUGACUUGGUUGGGCCGCGAUAUGGCACUGCAUUUCUGAUUAUGAUCAAUGCUCCGGCCGUGUUCUCAAUGGCUCUGGUUGACGACGGCGAGGGCUUUAUGAUCUGCCGAUUCUUUAUUGGCUUUUCUCUCGCCACAUUUGUCUCUUGUGAAUACUGGGUGAGCUCCAUGUUCACUACCAAGAUUGUAGGCACAGUUAAUGGACUUGCUGCCGGUUGGGGUAACCUGGGUGGUGGUGUUACUCAAAUCAUGAUGCCCCUGAUUUUCGCCUUGUUUCGAGAUAGCUUUCACAACCCCGCAUUUACUGCGUGGAGACUUGCGUUUUUCGUACCGGGAACGUUGCAUGUGGUACUGGGACUACUGAUUCUAUUCUUUGGCCAAGAUCUCCCCGAUGGAAACCACUCACAACUUCAAAGACAAGGCGGGGAUGUCAAGCAGGGCUUCCUUAGGGUGGUGUACUUCGCUGCAACGAGUUACAGAACAUGGGUAUUUUUUAUUCUCUAUGGCUACAGCUUUGGAGUCGAGCUGACGGUCGACAACAUUAUCGCCGAAUACUUCUACGACCGUUUCGAAUUGAAUCUCAAUACUGCUGGUCUCAUAGCCGCGGCCUCUGGGUUGAUGAAUAUUUUCUCGCGUCCAGCCGGUGGAUACUUCUCUGACCUUGCAGGGCAUUAUUUUGGAAUGCGUGGUCGCUUAUGGUUCUUAUGGAUUGUCCAAUCCAUGGGAGGACUGAUGUGUAUCGUGCUGGGAAAAAUGAACAGCUUGACCCCUUCUAUUAUUUUCAUGAUCUUUUUUUCAAUCUUCGUCCAAGCUGCCUGCGGAGCAACUUUCGGAAUCGUUCCUUUUGUUUCUCGGAGAUCUCUUGGUGUUAUAAUUGGAUUGACUGCGGCUGGAGGAAAUGUAGGCUCCGUAUUGACGCAAUCCCUGUUUUUCACAUCGUCUUCAUACCAUACUGAAGUAGGUCUAGUCUACAUGGGCAUUAUGAUCAUCUGCUGCACCUUACCAGUCACCUUGAUAUGGUUCCCUCAGUGGGGCAGUAUGCUAUUUCCAGCCUCCAAGGGCGCCUCUGAGGAAGAUUAUUACGUGUCUGAGUGGACUGCCCAAGAGCAGGAGCAAGGAUUACAUUUCCCGAGCUUGAAAUUCGCCACCAACUCUCGUAGCGAACGAGGAUGCUACGGUGGAGUCACCUCUGCCGACCCAGAGUGCGACCAACCUGUUGCUGAACUUGGUCUCUCUAUGUGGAAGUCAUAUUCACACUAGUAUCCAAUUUGAUGCACAAGUUUAACAAACUUAGUGGACCAUACAAGUCCCACAAGUAUUCAAAGUCGACCGAAACAACCACUCUGCAUCGUGGAACCCCGCAUGCACAUAUUCUGCCGGCGUAAGUGGAAGAUCGACACCUAGUGACCCAAUCGACCAUCAAUUCUGUAUUGUGUAUGUCUGUUAGCGUGGCUUUAGCAUUACGUACAACCCUCUGAAUUCAAAAGCAAAAGCGGUACUUACUGAAAGCAUAGAUGAGAAGAGGAGAAGAAAAGCCAAACCACACCCGUCAAGCAUAGACGCAGCAAAGCACAGACUGUGCACAAGAACGUGAGGCUACGGAGUAGCAGCUCUCUCACGAAACAAAAUGCUUUAUGGAUUUCCAUUUGUCUUCUUUCAAUGCGAUUACAUGAACAGUACAUCCCUCUCAUCUUCCAGUAUUUUUCUUUGUUACCAGCUUCCAUUUCAACCUAGUUUGUGCAAAACGUGGUCCACAGAUAGGAUAUGUCAGUGCAUAGGCACGACGAACCUUUAUUUUAUUUUAAAAUAGAAACGAAAAGAAAAGAAAAACUUCCUUAAUUGUCAUUUCAACA